AUUAGUGUAUAGAGAAGUGUUCAGAUUCAGGUUCCACUGAUGUUACAGAGAGUUGUUUGUUGCUCCGUCGCUGCUGGAACCAGCCGGUGAUUAUUUCCAGAGAUGUAGUCGCGGCUGCACACCUCCGUUACUCGGAAGCCGUCAGAGAUUCUUCUGCGGAAAGUUUUUUUUUUUUUUUCUAUUCGGAUGGAAGUUUUGAGACAAAGCGGGUUUCCACAGGGCUGCUCUCUCCCCUGUGUUGGGAUGAUGGAGGCAGCCGGGCUCUGAGUGACACUAUGUCUUGGGGGGAGUUCAUCGAGCUCCGUGACCUGAGGCUGGACAGAGAGCAGAUAGAGGCGACACACGGCUCACUUUCGCCCUGCUCGCCUCCACGCCUGGAGAGAGCCAACGCCCUGAGGAUCACCCCGGGGAAGGUGCCAGACCUGCUGAGCCGGGCGGGCAUCAUCAGAGUUCUGAGCAGCACCCAGGACCCCCAGCUCCCUGAGGAGAAGGGAGAAGGGCACAGCUUCCAGCCCUGCAGCCACGCUCAGCCCACAUGGUGUGACCUGUGCGGUGACUUCAUCUGGGGCGUGUAUAAGCAGAGUCUGCGGUGUGUCAAUUGUAGAUUCACGUGCCACUACCGCUGCCGUCCUCUGAUCCAGUUGGACUGCAGCUGGGACCGAGGCUCCGCGGCCGACCACACGCUUGUAGUGGAGCACACCAUCGAAACAGACACCAAUGUGGAUGAACAAAUUGAAGUGGGAAAGCAGGAGUUGACAACUGCAGACCUUCAGCAGAAGGUGAAGGAAUACAACGCUCAAAUCAACAGCAAUCUGUUCAUGAACAUGAACAAGGAUGGGUCCUACACUGGCUUCAUAAAGGUGCAGUUCAAGUUGGCCCGUCCUGUGUCAGUUCCACCUCCGAAGAAAGGAGGUCACGAUGCUGGAGGGAGGAGGGCUACCGGAGUGAAGCGUCGCACCUCUUUCUACCUGCCAAAGGAUGCAUCCAAGCAUCUGCACAUCAGCUCACGCACUUCUGCCCGUGAGGUCAUCGAGGUUUUGUUGAAAAAGUUUACUGUGGUGGACAAUCCUGGCAAGUUUGCUCUGUUUGAGCGUAGCGAGCGUCAUGAGCAAGUUUAUGUUCGCAAGGUGUCUGAUAAUGAGAGUCCACUCCGUCUGCGUCUGUCUUCUGGGCCAAAUGAAAAAGUCCUCAGCUUUGUCCUGAAGGAGAAUGAAACUGGAGAAGUCAAUUGGCAUGCCUUCUCCAUGCCUGAGUUGAAGAACUUCCUGCGCAUUCUGCAGCGUGAAGAGGAGGAGCACGUCAAGCAGAUAGUGCAGCGGUACGCUCUGGCCCGUACCAAGAUGCGGGACGCUCUGGAUGGCUCCACCCCCGGCUGAGACGACUCUGCGCUCGGGGUCAAACGUGCACCUCUUGGCUGGAUAAUCGCCUGAAGACGACCAGUCAUCGCUGCAUCCAAAGAUCCCAGAUAAUACAACUCAAAACACCUCUUGGGUGAACGAGAGAGUGAGACAGGGCGCAAGACAAUGAGAGAGAGAGAGCUAGCGCGAAUGUGCGUGUGAAAUGAUGCGAGAGAUGAGAAGUGCCUUACACCCGGAGAGUCUGAUGUGCCUGAGAGAAAUGAGUUGCGAGAAACGACACUGGCAGAUGAGACUGUGGUUGUAUUCAGUAAUGACUGAUAGUCCUAUGUACCUCAGCUGUGUCACUUUAACUUUAAAGAAUAUGUCAGAUGUGGUUUUAGCAUUUUUUGGUUUAAAAACGUAGUUCAUACACAUUUGUAGAUGCAUUGCUGAAGAAGAGCCCCAUGUUGUAAUUACGAUGAUAAUCACACGUCUGGAAGUUGCAUUCCUUUUUAAUUUUCCAGAUCACAAAAUUUGUAACAUGACAUUACUGCCAAGUUUAGACAAACUUAAUCUGGUCCUUGAACAACCUACCAUGAAAACCAUUAACUUCCACAUUGACAUUUUUCAUUUAUCUUAUUAGAAAGUUAAAUACACAUUUGUUGCUGAAGAGUAUUGGGAUUUUAAUUUGACCCAGGCUCAAACAAUCUGCCGUGUCUCGACACCCCUGAUGGGUACAACUCUAUUUUUUUUUUUUUUACUGUCAAAUUGUGAAUUUGACUGAUGUAUGGACAUUUGUAUGCAACUAUGAAUGUCAGAGAGAGCAGUGUCACUGUGGUUGACUGGAAUCUUGAAUGAAUAUUUGGUAUACAUGUGUUUCACUGAAUGCUGUUUGUCAUUCCUUCAUAUCUUUGUUUUUUUCUAUCCCUUUUAAGAAAAUGUUUGUGAAAUGUAAUGAAAUCUUUCGUUCUUCAGUUCACUAUCAUUGUACCCGUCUAUGAACGUUUUUACACUUUGAAUCAACGAUUCAAAAUGUGACCAAUGUGCAGCGCGUUCAGUAAAGAAUUCCCCAGUUCAAAUAAGUUUCUGUAUUUAUUGGAUAUCAUAAAUUAAAGUUGAAAUAUUCCCCUUUUUAAAAACAAACAAAACCCUAACCCCCCACAUCGUAGACAUAGGGUUAAAUGCAUUUGUAUAUAGAUUAACAUACAGUACCAGUCAAAAGUUUGGACACUCCUUCUCAUUCAACCACUUUGAAGAAUCUAAAAUAUAAAACAUAUUCUGGUUUGUUGAGCAUUUGUUUGUUUACCACAUAAUUCCAUAUGUGUUCCUUCAUAGUUUGGAUGUGUUCAAUAUUAAUCUAUAAUGUAGAAAGAAUAAAGAAAAACCAUUGAAUGAGAAGGUGUGUCCAAACUUUUGACUGGUACUGUAUGUGUGUUUA